GCUUUCUCCACACUCUAGGACUGUUGUUGAGAAUGAGUAUUAAUGAUCAGGAAAAAUUAACCAAAGUUCCUAAUGUCGCUCUUUUAGAUACCGCUGGUUAUGCAUCUGAUUGCAACUUUUCUGCGCUUAUUCCUCAGCAUGCGAUGAAGCCGUAUCGUUUGCUCGCUACAAUGGAGCUAAUUCGGGCCCUCAAGAUCGAUCAGAAUUGUAGAAUUGUGGUGCCACCGCUUGUCAAGUCAGGAGAGCUUACCCAAUACCACGCUAAAGCAUAUUUGGCCAACUUGGGAUUGCAUGACUGCUGCAGUUGGCGGUGGAGCCCUGAAACAUCUAAGGCAUUUUUUUCUGGAGACUGUCCACCUGCAGAGGGUCUCAUGGAGCAUUCCUUGGCUACCGCGAGUGGCACUCUUAUGGGGGCUGUCCUUCUUAACAGUGGACAGGUAGAUGUGGUCAUGCAUUGGGGGGGUGGCAUGCACCAUGCCAAGUGUGGCGAGUGCUCUGGAUUCUGUUAUAUCAAUGAUAUCGUAUUGGGAAUCUUAGAGUUGCUGAAGUGUCAUGAGCGUGUACUGUACAUAGAUCUGGAUAUGCACCAUGGAGAUGGUGUUGAUGAGGCAUUCUGCGAGAGCGAUCGCGUGUUUACGUUGUCUUUACAUAAAUUUGGUGAAAGUUUUUUCCCAGGAACUGGGCACCCCCGAGAUGUUGGGUACGGUCGUGGCCGCUUUUACACUAUGAAUCUUGCUCUAUGGGAUGGUAUUAAUGAUUUUUUUUACAUUUCUAUCUUCAAGCACGCAUUACAUUGCAUUACUUUCCAUUAUCGCCCAAAUGUGAUCGUACUUCAAUGUGGUGCCGAUUCUUUAGCAGGGGAUCGCUUGGGUCUUUUCAACCUCUCAUCAUGGGGUCAUGGAGAGUGCGUACGGGAGGUAAAGAGUCUGGGUUUACCACUUCUGGCUGUUGGAGGAGGUGGGUAUACAAUUCGAAACGUUUCUAAGUUGUGGGCCUACGAGACAAGUAUCUUGUGUAACUUUCCCAUUCCAGUUCAUGCCAGAAUACCUUUCAGGGCGAUGCCAUGCACAGGGUGGCUCUUCGAGGAUAGCCCCUUUCUUCUUGUGCCAAGGGAUGAAAGUCAUCGUAUUUCUCCUCUCUGCCACCCCCGGGAAGCGUAUCAAAUUAUUUUAGACCAGAUCGAUCGCAACGUGUCAAAGAUUAGAGUUGGUUCCCUGCAGAGCAAUCUUACAUGUGUUGUGAAGUGUGGAGAGGAUGAAGAAACAAGCUUCAUUCGGAACGAAACCUGUCAUGAUUAGAGAGAGAGUGUGUGUUCCAAAAAUAUAUUUCAUACGUAUAUGCAUACAAAAGUAUAUUUGUAAACAUUUUUGAUUAGGAAAAAA